UGAGGUCAGAGCAUCUACGCUCCUACCUUCCAGAAAGCAAGGCUACGUAUUUGUGGUCUAUACUUACUUUUCCGCACUUGUCUGUUUUUCAUUAUUUUGCAAGGAGCUUCCCUAACACUGCCUUCUCUUGCAGGCAGAUAAAGCUUCACUGUGCGGAGCCUUUUACAGACUAUUGGACCUGCAUUGAUUAUUCCAGCCUGCAGCUAUUUCGUCGCUGUCGUAAACAGCAGGCUAAGUUUGACGAGUGUGUGCUGGACAAACUGGGCUGGGUGCGACCUGACCUGGGGGAGCUGUCCAAGGUCACCAAAGUGAAAACAGAUCGACCUUUACCGGAGAAUCCCUAUCACUCACGAGCAAGACCAGAGCCCAACCCUGAGAUAGAAGGAGAGCUGAAGCCUGCCAAACAUGGCAGUCGCCUUUUUUUCUGGACCAUGUAAAGAUGGGUCCAUGGCCCACCCUCAGUCACACGCCCAGACAACCACUGAUGAAAUUCCCAUGCAGUUUGCAUCGACUGAUAGAUUGUUCUUUCCGGGAUCACAAACUUAACAAAAAAGUUAAUUUAUGUGACUUGGCAGUUAUUCUAUACCAUUUCCUGGCCAUUAAAAAUUUUAAAGGAAA